AUGGUUGUAGAAGAACAACAACAACAACAACCUUUUGGACAACAAUAUGAAGAAAUCAAAUUGAACCCCUCAUCGGGAGUAGAAAUCUCAUCAUCCUCUUCCAAAAUGUUAUUGAAUAACGCCGAUCAGAGCCAGACCAGUCUUUCCCCAUCGGGUUCCAACACUAACGGAGCAGGUCAAGGAGCAAAUACGAACAAUACCACUCCUCAACAACCAGAACGUAGAAGCAGAAAUCCCUUCAAACGAUUCAAAAAGAAGAAGGAACAAGCAGAUCAGGAAGAAAUUAAAGAUGAAAGAGAGCCACCGAUCAAGGCAUCUGAUAAUUUGACCAUUUUCAAGAUCUUUGGUUGGAAUUGGUUGUUAGUGCUCAUUGGAAGUAUUGGUUCGUUGGGAAAUGGUGUGAUUCCAUUAUCAUUCCAGUUUGUCAUGGGUGACUUGUUAAACAUUUUCCAACCUAAAAACGGAGUCAUUCCAACUGUAGAUUCCAUGAAGUCCAACAUCGCAACAGUUGCCAUCAAUUUCGCUAUUAUUGCCGCUGCAGCUGCAAUUGCUAGUUUCCUUUCACAAUUCUUCUUGAAUUGGGCCAGCGAACGAAUGGGAGUUGCAUUGAGAAAGGCCUACUUUAACGCAUUGACUUCACAAGAAAUGGGAUUUUUUGACAUUAAGAAGACAGGUGCUCUCACUGUUGCAUUAAGUGAAGACAUUUCCAAAAUUCAAGAAGCCUACUCCAACAAACUUGCUCUCUUUUUACAAAACUUUGCUCAGUUCAUUGUUGGAGUCGUUUUGGCCUUUGUGAGUAGUUACCAAAUGUCUCUGGUAAUGGUCUCUACGAGUCCAUUGUUGGUUCUUGGUAUUGGAAUUUUAAGCAAACUCGUAGAAUUUUUGACAAAGAAAACCAAUAAGGCAACAGAACACAGCGCUGCUCUUGCAACAGAAGUCGUAGGUGCUUUCAGAACUGUGAAAAGCAUGGGCUGUGAAGUGAAGGAACAAGGAAGAUUUGCUCAAGACUUGAAAAAUAUUCACUUGUAUGGUUUAAUUAAGGCUGGCAUGCAAGGAACAACUUUUGCUGCUGUCUCCAUCAUUUUGUGGGGUACUGUUGCUCUAGCUUUCUGGUAUGGAGGUGGUCUCGUUGCUGAAGGAACCAUUACUGUCGGUGACAUGAUGAAAGUGUUCGGUAUGAUGUUGUUUGGUGUUUUGGGUCUUUCCCAAGCUGGUACUGUUCUUCCAGACUUCUCUAAGGCUCAAAUGUCUCAAAAAACUCUGUUGAAAGUACUCAAGAGACAACCUGCUAUUCCAUUCAGAGGUGGUGUCAUUCCUCAAGAAACUCUUAAGGGUAAUAUUCAAAUUAGAAAUGUUAACUUCUCUUAUCCAUCAAGACCAAAUGUCACCGUGUUGAAGAACUUUAACAUGGAAAUCAAGCCAGGUACAUCUGUUGCUCUGGUUGGUCCCUCAGGAUCAGGAAAAUCUACCAUUGUCGGCCUUCUUGAAAGAUUCUAUGAUCCACAAGAAGGAGAAAUUAUCAUUGACGGUCACAAGAUUAAGGAUAUUGAUCCUCAAUGGCUUCACAAGAAUAUUGGUAUUGUCACACAAGAACCUGUCCUCUUUUCUUGCACUAUUCGAGAAAACAUUGCCUAUGCUGCUGGUCUUGAAAAUGUGACACAGGAACAAAUUGAGAGCGCAGCCAAAGCUGCCAAUUGCCACAAUUUUAUUGUUGAAAUGCCUGAUGGUUAUGAUACUAAAUUGGGAGAGAAGGGUAUCUCACUUUCUGGUGGUCAAAAGCAGCGUGUCGCAAUUGCACGUGCAGUCUUACAAAAUCCUCAAAUCUUGUUAUUGGAUGAGGCUACAUCUGCUCUUGAUACAGAAUCAGAAGCUUUGGUUCAGCAAGCUUUGGACAACUUGAUGAAAGGUAGAACCACCAUUUGUAUUGCUCACAGACUCAGUACCGUUCAAAAUUGCGACACUAUUUAUGUAUUGGUGAAAGGAGAGUUGAAGGAGUCUGGUACACAUCACGAGUUGCUUAAAAUUGAAGAUGGUGUCUACAAGAAGUUGGCUGAAAAACAAAUGUUGUUCGGUAGAAGUGAUAGUGUAGAGUUUGACCGUGUGACGACCCAGGAAAUAAUUUCAGAUGAAACAUCUUCGAACAUCAUUCACGAGUAA